GCUUUGCGAGAGCGCUCGUUUUCUUUUCCAGAGCGAAUUUCCCUGCUGCGAGUCGCGUCCGCAAGGGCUCAGCCGCCCGGCGAGCUCAGCACCGCGACAGCCUCGUUAUGUCGGCCCGUUCCCCCAGCGCGGCCGAGCUCUGACUCACGACUUUGCACGCCCGGAGCUGGCAGGACGCCUCCUCCUCGGCCGUCCCAGCCGCGGCUGCGAAACAUUCCUUAAAUGUACAAACACUCCCCGGCCUCGCGGGCGGCUCGAUGCUAACCCGCCCGGGAAGCCGGCCCGCGCCACCCCGUGCAGCGGGUGCCCCCAGGCUUUCGGGAGCCGGGACGGAUCUCGCAGAUGAGAUGGAGGCAGAGAGGCAGCCAGGGCGUGGGUUGAUGGUCCCCUGGUCGGCGGCGUUGGCGUCCUCGGGGAGAAGAUGGCUCAGCCCGCGCACCUGAACCAGAACCUGCCAGAUCUCGGGGGCCCGUUCUUGUACAGGGACCAGGACGAUGGGGAGAAGAGCUCGUAUUCGGUGGAAACCCCCUACGGCUUCCUCCUAGACCUGGAUUUUCUGAAAUACGUCGAUGACAUCGAAAGCGGCCAAACUCUCAAGAAAGUGCCGCUGCCCCGGAGGGCGAAAGGGGCCAGGCAGCAGCCCGGCGCCCUGCGCAGCCCCAGCAGCCACGCCAGCGGCUGGACGUCCACCGAGUCCCUCACCUCCACGGCCAGCGAGGAGGGGAGGACCGCGGUCCUGCUGUCCCCGCAUGGCCGGGCGCCCUUGGAGACACGGGAGCCCCCGAGCAAAGAAGCCUCCCACCCCGUGUCCCCGACGCCGGCGCUGAGGCUGCUCCCGCCGCCCGCCCGCAAGAGCCUCGUGCGAAACCCCCGGGUGGAGAAGACCUUGCUGGAGACGAGCAGGAGGCUGGAGCAGGAGCAGGAGCAGGAGCAGGGCCACUUGCUGGAGAGCAGGAACGUCGUCACGCCCGGACCGCCCAGUCCCUCCCGGAGCAGCAGCUCGGCCGGCCCCGGCGGCGCCCCGGUCGCCCCGAGCCAGCCGCCCGCGUGGGUCCCCUCUGGCGGGAACGGCGACGGCCCGGCCGCGCUGAGCCCCUCGCUCACGGGCUCCACGAGGAUGAGCCCCUCCGCCUCGGGGCACAGCACGCCGGCCGCGGGGCUCAGCGCCGCGCAGCUGCAGCACGUGCGGGAGCAGAUGGCGGCCGCCCUCCGGCAGCUCCGGGAGCUGGAGGAGCAAGUGAAGACCAUCCCCAUCCUGGAGACGAAGAUCUGCGAGCUCAAGCAGGAGAAGGCGAAGCUGCUGGAGAAGCUGUCGAUGGAGCCGGGCGAAGCUCGCGGGGCGGUCGGCGGGGGCGAGCCGGAGAGCGACGCGGAGCCGGCCAAGGCGCGAGUGAGCAAAAUCGCGGAGCUGAGGAAGCUCACGGAGAAGCUGUCCGUGUCGGAGCGGAACGGGAAAGGCAGCCGGGCCGCCCGCCCCGCCAAGCCCGCCGAGAGGCCGUGCCGCUCCGUGGCCGUGGGCGAGGACCGGGACAUGAGCGACGCCGUCUUCUACUACCGGUCGCAGCGGCCGGGCCGCGCCGCGCCGGACGGAGGGGCGAGGGAGAGGAGGGACGCGGCGGUGUGGGUGCUGGAGUCCUCGCUGGGGCUCCCCACCGAGGCGGAGAGGGAGCUGGAGCUGCUGCAGCAGACGGUGGGCCACCAGAAGGAGGUGAUCGCCCUGAUGGAGGGCCACCUGCGAGAGGCCACGCGGGAGCUGGAGGAGCUCCGGGUGGAGGUGUGCGCCCGCCGGCCCCGGGGGCUGGCGGACAAGGGGGUCACGGCCAAGCCGCAGGUGGCCGAGGCGCUCGUGGAGGCGGCGGUGCCGACGCGGAGCCGGGCCGUGGGCGACCCCGUGGAGACGGCGGACCGAGGCGUGAGCUGCUCGCCGCCGACCGCCUCGGUGGGAGUCGGUUGCCGCUUCCAGGGGAGGGACGUGGCGGUCGGGCCCGACGCGGCGGCGGGACGCGCGGAGAAAGGCGCCCAGGCCGACCUAGGGGCGGUGACACUGGCUGGGGACACCGUGGCGCGCGAAGAGCCGGACCGCGGCACGGCCAGCACCGAGCGCGGCCAGAGAGGUCCCGAAGAGCAGGGUGCCGCCGAGCCGGCGCCGCCGGGAGGAGAAGGGACACCGGAAAGGAUGGAGGGCGCCUGCCCGGGCACCGCAGCCCCCGGGGCGACGGAGACGGGACCCGAGGGCCCGACCCCGGCGCCGGACGGCAGAGCUGCCCCCAGCCCUGCGGGCGGAGCCCUGAAGUCCAUCAUGAAGAAGCGGGACGGUGCCGCCAGGAGCGAGGCCGAAGGCAGCAAGAAGAGCCUGCAGUUCGUGGGGGUGCUGAACGGCGAGUACGAGAGCACCUCCAGCGAGGAGGAGGAGGAGGAGGAGGAGGAGGAGGAGGAAGGAGACAGCUCCUCCGAGAAGGUUUCCGCCGACAGCUCCGACAGCGAGGUGCAGGGGGACACGGACACCUCGGACGAGGGAGGCGAGAGCGACCCGGGCAGCGCGGGGCAGGGGGCCGCGCCGGGGGACGGCGAGGCCGUGCCGGAGCCCCCCGAGGUGAAGGAGAAGUUCGAGCUGAGCCCCAGGAUGCGGGAGGCCUGCCUCAUCGUCAAGAGCCACCUGGGCCACCCCGGCGCGGCCAAGGGCAAGGAGGUGCUCGCCAGCAGCAGCCUGGUGCUCCAGGAGUGGUUCCGCGUGUCCAGCCAGAAGUCGUCCGUCCCCGACACCGUCGCCAACCACCUCCUGGCCUUCGCCGAGGUCUCGCCGGCCCUCCUGGCCCACGUGGUCAACCUGGCGGAUGGGAACGGCAACACGGCUCUGCACUACAGCGUCUCCCACUCCAACUUCCACAUCGUGCGGCUGCUGCUGGACACCGGGGUCUGUAACGUCGACCACCAGAACAAAGCCGGCUACACGGCCCUCAUGCUGGCCGCGCUGGCAGCCGUCGAGCAGGAGGAGGACAUGAACGUGGUCAGGAGACUCUUCAGCAUGGGCAACGUCAACGCCAAGGCGAGCCAGGCUGGCCAGACGGCGCUGAUGCUGGCCGUCAGCCACGGCCGGCAGGAGAUGGUGGAAGCCCUGCUGGCCUGCGGAGCCGACGUGAACCUGCAGGACGAGGAGGGCUCGACCGCGCUGAUGUGCGCCUGCGAGCACGGCCGCGUGGAGACGGUGAAGCUGCUCCUGGCUCAGCCCUCCUGCAACAUCUCCAUCGUGGACAGCGAUGGUAACAACGCUGUCGCCAUCGCGCUGGAGGCUGGCCACAGCAACAUCGCUGUGCUCCUGUACGCCCACCUCAACAGCGCAAAGAUGCAGCCACCCCAGGGGACAUCACCGACAGGCACCAAGAGUCCUGGGAGCCCAAAGAAACCAAAUUAGACCGACCUUCAGAUCCAGCCAGGGUCCAGCCGCGUGCUCAGCCAGCUUCCGUCGGUGCUGGGCUGUAAUUUAUGUCCCCCCUCCUGCCACUCCUUUGUGUGCUGUAUCGCUCUCCGAGGCUGCAGAUGUUUUUAUUCCCUUCUCAAUAGAGCAGGCAUCAUCCCUCGGGCUCGCUCGCCCGCGUCUGAGGGGAGCAGCCCGCCCUCAGCUGCCUCCUUCUGCAAAGUGACAGAGGAGCCACAUGUCAAGUGACCUUGGGGAAGGAAAUGCAGCAAGAUGAAGCCAGCCCUGUCCCCUCCCGGUCCCCAUCAGCCCAGCUUCCAGUCACAAUCCCUGCUGCUGCGCCAGCUCGGAGCCCUCUGCAAGUCACUAAAACGACAGAAAACAAACGCAGCCAACACAGUGCACGAUUUCUGCUCUCAGCAGCUCAGGGAAGGCAGCAGAGCGAGCGUCGGGGAGCAGGGCUGCGGAGGCUGAACGGCGGCUCAGCAGCCAGAGGAGGAUGCGGAACCAGAGGCUGCAUCCAGCGCUUCCCUCCCUUCUGCCUGACAGCACCGCUGGAGCAAGCCAGCACGUCUUCCAGCCUCUGGCGGCUGCAAGCCCCGUUAGUAAAUCUGUCACCAGACUGGGCAGAACAUGCUUUUAUUGUCUUUUCUUCCCUCAAAAGAAAUGAAAAACUUGCAAGUUUCAGUGUUUUUAAAUGAGAAACUGAAUACGAAACCCCCCCAGCUAAAGCCAUAGGAAAAGGCCAAAACUAAGCAUUUUUGCCAGGGAAGAAAAGUGCAAGAUCUCACCAGAUUUCCUGCUUGAAUUCCUCCCGGUCUCCAUCCCUUCUGCAGGCCAGGAGCUCGGCUGGGUCCUGGGCCCUGCUGCACAGUGGCAGCUGGAGAAGGCAAAGCCCCACUUAUUGACCGGAGACAGGACAGCUGAUUAACACUGCCUUAGAAACAUGCUGGGAGCAUUUCCAAACUCAAAUACUUGCUCUUUUUUUCUGGCUUUUCCUUCCCCAGCUGACAUCUGAAUUUUCCCUAGCAUGUGCACAUGAAAAGAAGUUAUACUGCUUAGUCAAAAAACACAGUUCAUCAAAUCAGUCAAUGUUUUGCUUUGCUCAACAGAAGCAAAACUUCUGGCUGCUCGGGGCCGCAGCCAGCAUGCCGACAGAAGGGGGGCCACCAGCCACGAAUUCACGCAGUCGGAGACCGUGCACAGCCCGUACCCCACGCUAGGAGCAGGGACCUUCUCCAGAGGGAGACAGAAAUUACCUGUAAACAUUGCCCGUUCUAAGCUUACCUACUGUGAAGACGAGAGCCAACAAAUUAGUCCCUUUCCACCCACUUUCCUUCUCAAGGGGGAGGAGAGGGGCUGAGGAUAGCUCCAGGAAAAAGGUGGGAAGAGCUGUAAGAGCUCAGAGAUAGCCUAGGGCCUGUGAAGAUGGAUGUGUAUGUAAAAGUAUGCGUUUGCGUCUGUGUGCCUGUGUGUUUGUGUGUGCAGCAAGCCGGGUGGGAACACACAAGGUAAGGACUAAGGACUGGGAGAAUAAAAGGCUUUUGCACGUGAAGCAUGCUCUGCCCUCAGGAUCCUUCGCAGAGGAGGAAAGCAGUGCCCCAGCCCCCAUUUCUGUUCCUUGACCCAUCUUCCUCCUGCCACUGCUUCUGCGCCACACAGACCUGGUCUGAGCCAUACUGUAAGCUGGGAAACGCUCCCCGAUAAACCUGUUCUGGGCAACACCCUGCUCUUCUUGCCAUGGACCUGUUUCAGCUUUGCACUGAAAUUAAUAUAAGAUGCUCACAGCAACUCCCUAGUACACUGCUCUGUAUGUAAUUCAUACUCACUGCUUUGGUUUCACAGGUUUGUUUACUGAUAUUUUAAUAUUGAUGUUUAUUUUUAAGAUACAAAUAAAAUUUAAAGUAAAAUUA